ACGUUUCCUAGAGCUUUUCAAGUGGGAAAGAGAAACGGGACAAAAUGAAAACGCACUGGACUCCCGCAAAGCUGUCACGCCCAGGGGUGUACAGCUACUUCUAGCAUGACUGUGAUCUGAUCGGCAGCUGCGAGAACAGGCUCCGUGUCUGGCACUGUGGUGCUGGAGCUUGAUCACUGCCCACCACUAUAGAGCUGUUAUGGCUGCUGCCUCUACUGCGACCCCCGCCAUUUCCCAGCCCCAGUUCACAGCCAUGAAUGAACCACAGUGCUUUUAUAAUGAGUCCAUCGCCUUCUUUUAUAACCGAAGUGGAAAGUAUCUUGCUACAGAAUGGAACACAGUCAGCAAGCUGGUGAUGGGACUUGGAAUCACUGUCUGUAUCUUCAUCAUGUUGGCCAACCUUUUGGUCAUGGUGGCUAUCUACGUCAAUCGUCGCUUUCAUUUUCCUAUUUAUUACUUAAUGGCUAACCUGGCUGCUGCAGACUUUUUUGCUGGGUUGGCUUACUUCUACCUAAUGUUCAACACAGGACCCAAUACUCGGAGACUGACUGUUAGCACAUGGCUUCUUCGUCAGGGCCUCAUUGACACUAGCCUGACGGCAUCUGUGGCCAACUUACUGGCUAUUGCAAUUGAGAGGCAUAUUACGGUUUUCCGCAUGCAGCUGCACACACGGAUGAGCAACCGGCGGGUGGUGGUAGUCAUUGUGGUCAUCUGGACCAUGGCCAUUGUCAUGGGUGCUAUACCCAGUGUGGGCUGGAAUUGUAUUUGUGACAUUGAGAAUUGUUCCAACAUGGCACCCCUCUAUAGUGACUCUUACUUAGUCUUCUGGGCCAUUUUCAACUUGGUGACCUUUGUGGUAAUGGUGGUUCUUUAUGCUCACAUCUUUGGCUAUGUUCGCCAGAGGACUAUGAGAAUGUCUCGGCAUAGUUCUGGACCCCGGCGGAAUCGGGAUACCAUGAUGAGUCUUCUGAAGACUGUGGUCAUUGUGCUUGGUGCCUUUAUCAUCUGCUGGACUCCAGGACUGGUCUUGUUGCUGCUGGACGUGUGCUGCCCGCAGUGCAAUGUUUUGGCCUAUGAGAAAUUUUUCCUUCUCCUUGCCGAGUUCAAUUCUGCCAUGAACCCCAUCAUCUACUCCUACCGAGACAAGGAGAUGAGCGCUACCUUCAGGCAGAUCCUUUGCUGUCAGCGCAGCGACAAUGCUAACGGCCCCAUGGAAGGCUCUGACCGCUCGGCUUCCUCUCUCAACCACACCAUCUUGGCUGGAGUUCACAGCAAUGACCACUCUGUGGUUUAGAAAGGAAACGAA